UAAAACGGCCAAAAUAAAAUGGACGCAAUAAUAAUAAUUAAUAAUAGAAUCUCUGUCUCUAUGCUUCAAUGUAUUGUGCAGAAUCAAACUUUGGUGUGAAUCUUGGGAUUGAUAGCAUAGUUGUUAAAGGUGAACCUAGUUCUGGGACAAGAUCUAGAUCUAGUACCGGUACUCUUUGUCUUUGUACUAACAGUUUUAAAAGGGAAGUUGUAAAACAUGACAUAGAUCUAGGUAGGGAAAGUGAAUCUAGCAUGGGUGUUGAUGAGGAACAACUGUCAAUAAAAAAAGAGCCCAGUUUUGAAUGGUCAUGUGACGUCAAGGCCAAGACAAAUGACAAACUGAACGUUGAAAGUGAAAGUAGCCUGACUCUCAGACACAGUGUAGUAAAAGUUGAGCCUAUCUGUACAGAAGAGGAAGACAUGAAACCUGUCAUUAAACCAGAGUGCCUCACAGAUAUCUGUAUGGUGGAAACCGAACCACUAUUUGGACAUUUUUCUGACUUUCAUGAUGAAGUGAAACCAAAAGUGGAGAAUUUUGUGAAAGAAGAAGUGUCAGAAUGGGAAGGUCCAGACUUUGGAGAGGUAGGAAAGACAGAAGGACAAGUGGAAGAUGUGGAGGAUACGUGUGCUGAGCCCGUGUUUGUUGAGGAUCACAUGAGUCAGGCUGGAGGACUACAGCUGCAAAUCUCCAAUGUGAGGAGCUUGUGUAUGGAGCAGAGCACUAGCCCCGACACUGAUGUUUUUGCUUCCAGUAGUCCAACUUCAACUUUCUCUGCUGAUCCAGUCACCAGUUCAGGAUCUGUUGUCAGGGCCAUCUGGGAUCACAGUGAAAGUUCUAGAAAACGUCUUAACAGAAGUUCAAAGCAUGAGUCCUGCAGCAAAAGUCGUAUGUCUUGUGAUAGUAAACAGUCCAUGGGUCAAGGUUCCGAUUUCAACCUUUCUUGUGCUGUGUCUUUUGCCAGUUGUAUAAAUUCUAUGGAAUUUUCUAGUACCACACCCCCAAAAGUGUGCAAAGAGAUGGGCGCUGGUUGCCAAGAUUUGCCAAGGUUUCUGGUCAAGGAAAGUAGAUACUCAGGAGAACAACCUCACAAGUGUAAUGUCUGUCUUGAGAUGUUUACAGAACUAGGUAAUCUACAGAAACACAAAAGAACACACACAAGAGAUAGGCUUUUCAAGUGUGAAGUUUGUUGUGCUACAUUUACAUGUGGCAGAAAUCUACAGACACACAAAAGAACACACACAGGAGAAAAACCUUACAAGUGUGAAAUUUGUGGUGCUACGUUUACACAGGGUAGCAGUCUACAGCAUCACAAAAGAACACACACAGGAGAAAAACCUUACGAGUGUAAAGUUUGUGGUGCCACGUUUACAAAGAGAAGCAAUCUACAGAGUCACAGAAGAACACACACAGGAGAAAAACCUUACAAGUGUGAAGUUUGUGAGGCCAGGUUUACACAAAGUAGCCAUCUACAGCGUCACAAACGAACACACACAGGAGAAAAACCUUACAAAAAAAUGUCGUUCACCAACCCCACACUGACUCUGGAGGAGGAAAGUCCUCCUCUCGUGUUCACCACAGGGCCCCGGGCUGGGAGUGGGAGUGGGAGUGGGGUUGGAACCUGUUCCCCUCAGACAACUGUGCUGACGCUGGAGAACAUGGAGCAAGAGGAGGAGGAGGAGGAUGUGUCGCUUACUGGAAGACAGAGUCGACAGAGGCCGAGGAGUGUCAAGUUUCAGGAGGGUGGUUUUGUUCAUUUCACACCAGACCGCUUCAAACCAAUGGAAGUGUCAUGGCCUCUGUUCCGAGAAAAACCUUACAAGUGUGAAGUUUGUGAGGCCAGGUUUACACAAAGUAGCCAUCUACAGCGUCACAAACGAACACACACAGGAGAAAAACCUUACAAGUGUGAAGAUUGUGGUGUUACGUUUACACAGAGUAGCAAUCUAGAGUGUCACAAAAGAACGCACACAGGAGAAAAACCUUACAAGUGUGAAGUUUGUGGUGCCACAUUUACAUUCAGUAGUGGUCUACAAAGUCACAAAAGAACACAUUCAGAAGAAAAACCUUACAAGUGUGAAGUUUGUGGUUCCAUGUUUAAAUGUAGUAUCAGUCUUCAGUGUCACAAAAGAAUACACACAGGAGAAAAACCAUACAAGUGUGAAGUUUGUGGUGCCACGUUUAAAUGCAGUAGCAGUUUCCGGAAUCACAAAAGAAUACACACAGGAGAAGAACCUUACAAGUGUGAAGUUUGUGGUGCCACGUUUACAUGUAAUAGCAGUCUACGGAAUCACGAAAGAAUACACACUGGAGAAAAACCUUACAAGUGUGAAGUAUGUGGUGCCACAUUUACACAGAGUGGCAAUCUACAGCGUCACAAAAGAACACACACAGGAGGAAAACCUUACAAGUACAAGUGUGAAGUUUGUGGUGCCACGUUUACAUUCAGUGACCGUCUACAGCGCCACAGGGAAAUACACACAAGACAAAAAUCUGAUAAGUCGUCGCCCGAAUCACGUACUAUCGUAAGCGCCAUAUCAACCGAAAUCGGAUCUAAAAUACAACCCGAUUACAAAUUUUAUAUUCUAGACUUGUAGAAACCCGUUACCGAGGUACACGCGGUUCGUGAGGUAUCAUAUGCAACCUCUUGAAUAUUAUAUGUGUAAUUCAGAAUCGCGUGCUGUUACGCAAGGUACGAUACACUAGUACGUGAACCGUCUUUUAUAUCUCUUGAAUGCUCACGUUGUUAAGCCAUAUAUACUAACAUACAUAAGUAACAAAAAUCAACCCUGUAGAGUUUUAUUUUAAAAAAUCUCCCUAUUAUUAUUAAUAUAUGUGAUUCCUGCAUUGAAUUAACAAUUUUCAUGACCAUUACAUG